GCUGAAGGGCCCCCCCUUUUUAUAGACAAAAGGAAAACCCAAUCCUAAUGUGCUUCUAAUACUCAAAUCCCAAUCCCUAAGAUAACAACUCAAUCCUAUUUGGAAUGGGAUUUCUUAGUUUUCCCACAUCUACCCCCUUUUCUAGUCUAGAUUCAUACCUUCUAUGCUUAGAACUCCUUUCUUUGAAUCAAUGUCGAACUCUUCUUUUGCGCCUCUUGUUGAUGACUUUCAAUCUUUGUAAAUUUCUUCAAAACUUGAGUAGAUUUAGGAUGUGACUUCUAAAAUGCGGUAUUCAUCUUAUCCUUUGCGAGAUGCGGUCCUCAUCUUAUCCUUUGCGAAAUGCGAUCUUCAUCUAGGAUGUGACUUCUAAGAUGCGGUCUUCAUCUUAUCCUUUGCGAGAUUUGGUCUUCAUCUCUCCUUCUUCCUUAGAUGCGAUCUUCAUCUAGGAUGUGACUUCUAAGACGUAGUCUUCAUCUUAUCCGUUGCGAGAUGUGGUCUUCAUCUCUUCUUCUUCCUUAGAUGCGGUUUUUCAUCUAGGAUGUGAUUUCUAAGAUGCGGUCUUCAUCUUAUCCUUUGCAAGAUGCGGUCUUCAUCUUAUCCUUUCUGAGAUGCGGUCUUCAUCUUAUCCUUUGCGAGAUGUGGUCUUCAUCUCUCCUUCUUCCUCAGAUGCGGUCUUCAUCUAGGAUGUGACUUCUAAGAUGCGGUCUUCAUCUUAUCCUUUGCGAGACGUGGCCUUCAUCUUUCUUUCUUCCUUAGAUGCGGUCUUCAUCUAGGAUGUGACUUCUAAGAUGCAGUGUUCAUCUUAUCCUUUGCGAUAUAUGGUCUUCAUCUCUUUUUCCUUAGAUGCGGUCUUCAUCUAGGAUGCAACUCUUAAGAUGCGGUCUUCAUCUUAUCCUUUGCGAGAUGUGGUCUUCAUCUCUCCUUCUUCCUCAGAUGCGGUCUUCAUGUAGGAUGUGACUUCUAAGAUGUGGUCUUCAUCUUAUCCUUUGCAAGACAUGGUCUUCAUCUCUCUUCUUCCUCGGAUGCGGUCUUCAUCUAGGUUGUGCCUUCUAAGAUGCGGUCUUCAUCUUAUCCUUUGCGAGAUGCGGUCUUUAUCCUUUGUGAGAUGUGGUCUUCAUCUUUCCUUCCUUAGAUGCGGUCUUCAUCUAGGAUGUGACUUCUAAGAUGCGGUCUUCAUCUUAUCCUUUGCGAGAUGCGAUCGUCAUCUCUCCUUCUUCCUCAGAUGCGGUCUUCAUCUAGGAUGUGACUUCUAAGAUGCGGUCUUUAUCUUAUCCUUUGUGAGAUGCGGUCUUCAUCUUAUCCUUUGUGAGAUGUGAUCUUCAUCUCUCCUUCCUCAGAUGCAGUCUUCAUCUAGGAUGUGACUUCUAAGAUGCGGUCUUCAUCUUAUCCUUUGUGAGAUGCGGUCUUCAUCUCUCCGUCUUCCUUAGAUGUGGUCUUCAUUUAGGAUGUGACUUCUAAGAUGCGGUCUUCAUCUUAUCUUUUGCGAGAUGCAGUCUUCAUCUCUCCUUCUUCCUCAGAUGCGGUCUUCAUCUUAUCCUUUGUGAGAUGCGGUCUUCAUCUCUCCUUCUUCCUUAGAUGUGGUCUUCAUCUAGGAUGUGACUUCUAAGAUACGGUCUUCUUCUUCUUCUUCUUCUUCUUCCUCUUUUUGAGAUUAAACUUCAUUUCAUCUU